UUUGCUUGUCUCGCUUGAAGAUGUCCAAUAAUUGAAAUUUUCAUCCAUUACAUGUAUUUAAAAUAUUAUUUUCACUCAGAAGGUCUAUAACUUUGGUUGGCAUGAGAAAGAGAAAGUGUUCUCUAUUAAACACAGUGUCUUUCCAAAUUUCUAAAAAUGGCUCCUGAAGAGUAAGUUUGAAAAAAGGAGCAAAAUGGAACACAUAUUUGUUAAAUGCAAAUAGAAGAUGCAGGCAGACGGUUCUUCUACGAAGCCAAUUAAGAUUAAUUUCUAAGUGACAACAAAUGAUCUGACAUGUGUCUAUCUAAUAGAUAUACAUUUUUCAUCACCGUUGACAAGUCAUAUGUGUGAAUAACAAACUUGUUGACAACCAAAGGCCUAGAUACAAAUCGAAAGAAAUGGCGUCAAUCGAUCGUGAAGUUUUUAGCACUCCAAAUUUACCGUUAGCCUCCAAAAUUGUUUGAUUCGCGCUACGUGACGAAAUCUGAUACUUUUCCUUAUCGGCGACCACAACAUUUUGGAGCUAUAUGUACGAACGAAACUUUGCUUUGAGAAUGUUUUAUGAAUAAUAAUGAUCAGAGUUACGGCGUAAAGGAGACAACACAGAACGUUUACCGUGCGACUCGUAAGCCUUGUGUUGCAAGUCAUCAUGAAGUGUCUCCAUCUGGAAAUAACACUGAAGGUGAACUUGAACGGCCGCCUCAAGUUUUAAUAAGAACUUCUUGGUCAUUGUUGAUCAUGGAUAACUCCCUGACAGUUUGGACGUUUUUUUCGCUAUUUUGUGUGUCAGAAUCUCUGUCUUGGACCAUCAAACAGCCCCGCAGUGUAUACAGAGGAUCACCCAUCACACUAGAAUGGACAAUAUCACUAACAACAGAAGAAAGGAAGAGAGCGGAUCGCUUUUCUUUGAUUCUCUUGGAACGUGAGAAGUUUCUUUACAGCAAUCAGUGGCAGAUCAUGGCUGUUAAACAGUAUUACAAUGGUAUUUAUCAGGAAAUCGACAAUGAGGACACUUUUGAUGUGAUUCCUGGAAAGGACAUGGCACUCAAAUUGAACAAUGUCACGGACACAGAUGCUUCCCGGUUUCGUUGCACAUUUCUUAGCUCAUUUGCAUCUCCGAAGAGUAUCAUAGAGGUGGAAAUAGAAGAUUCUCCGAUAUACGUACGUCUUAUGGACGGAACUACUCCCAAUAGAGGCCGAGUAGAAGUGUAUCGUAAUGGAUUUUGGGGCACCAUCUGUAGAGACAGUUGGGAUAUUCCGGAUGCUUCAGUUGUUUGUCGAAUGUUGGGUUACGCGGGAGCCUGGAAAGCUGGCUGUUGUACUGAUUAUCGGGGUGGGACUGGUCCAGUAUGGCUAAGUGACAUUUCAUGUACAGGACAAGAGAAGUCUUUAUUAGAAUGUCGUCACAGUGGUUGGGGUGUCAAUAACUGUGAUCACAAAAAAGAUGCAGAGGUCGUAUGUUACAGCUCGCCAACAGUAAAACCAUCUCACUUUUUCAGUGGACAAACCAUGUCAGCAAGAACACAAAAAUCUUUUUUUUCUAGCACAACAGCAGUUACAUCCACAUUGGCUCAGUCUAUUUCGACACAGGUGCUUCCACCAAUACCCUUCAGUCCAACAUCAAUACAAUUCCAAACCCAUAUUGUUCGAGUUACAGAAGCUAUAGACGUAUCUCCGAGUUCUUCGUCGUUGGCCGUCAUGUCCAGCUCUGUUAUUUCGUCCACAAACCCCAUUGUGUUUAUUGAGCUGCUGAAUGGCGGUGGUCACCCAAAUCAAGGUCGUGUUUCACUUUACUACAAUGGCCAGUGGGGUACAAUAUGCCAAGAUCAUUGGGAGUUGAAUGAUGCCCAUGUGGUGUGUCGUAUGCUGGGAUACCCAAGAGCUUUUGACUUUACCAACAGGACAGUCUUCGGUAGUGCUAACGAUGGACCAAUAUGGUUAGAUGAAGUCAACUGCACGGGAAAUGAGAGCACCCUCGCAGCUUGUCCACAUGCUGGCUGGGGAAAAAGUAACUGUGAUCACAGUAAAGAUGUGGGGGUGAAAUGUGACUUUAAUUACACUGUGGAGGCAAAAGAUGCAAGUUGCUCAUUUGACACUUGGUAUUGCGGUUGGGAGAAUGGACCAGGCAGCCAGGGAUUUACAUGGACCAGGAAGUUUGGUUCGACGAUAUCAAGUGAAACCGGACCAUCCCAGGAUCACACCUCUGGGAAUGGUUUUUACUUUUACAUUGAGGCAUCUGGACGAAGCAUGGGUGAAAUUGCUUCACUCGUGUCUCCAUAUAUACGAAGUGAUGGAAACACCACGUGUAUGGUAUUCUUUUAUCAUAUGUAUGGACAGUCCAUUGGUACGCUCACAGUCAAGGCUGGAGAUCAAGUUUUGUGGCAGUUGUCAGGCAACCAGGGAAAUGCUUGGUACAGGGCAACUGUACCCCUUAAUUUCAAUGCCACUUACAGGGUGAUGUUUGAAGGUGCUGUUGGUAGCACUGCACGCAGUGAUAUCGCUAUCGACGAUGUUGAGUUCCAGGGAAAUACAGAGUGCGAGAAGACGGCUGAAACGUUAGUCCCACCAAAAAUCGUGUGGAUUUCCCCAAAUCGAACAGCUGAACUUGGCAGUGAGGUUACGUUAGUAUGUACCGUAAUUGGUCUCCCCACACCACGUGUGAUAUGGAAGAAAAAUAGAAGAGUUCUUUCGGGGAGUCAGGUGACUGGUAACGUCACUCUACUGAAUAUCUCUCAGUCCGAUAUUGGCAGUUAUGAGUGCUGGGCAGCUAAUGAUGUGGGCACUGACACCAGAGCUACAGUACUCGACGGGGACUCUGUUGCCAUACGGUGCUGGUCAUAUGGCUACCCUGGUCCACUCUGUCACAUAUAUCGCGAGGGUAAUUUACUAGGCGCAAAUAGAGGUGUUUAUGUUAUUGAAAACUUCACUACUUUGGAUCAAGGAGUCUACAUUUGCAACUGCUCUAAUGUCGCUGGUGCAGCGCAGGCAAACUUUUCCCUCGCUCUUUAUAAGUCCCCAGCUAUCCACACCAUUUAUCCAGCCUAUCAACUUGUGAACGAAACUGAUGCAUUUGAAUUUUUCUGUAAUGCGACGGGAAAUCCAACCCCGACAAUAACAUGGUGGAAAAUUGGCGACACUAGCAAAGUAUAUUCCACAGAACCAACACUGGCAAUACAAAAUGCUUACAAAUCAGACUUUGGCAGCUACCGAUGUACCGCAACAAGUAUUCGCGGUGAAAACGUGUCAGCUGUUGCGCGGGUGGAGAUGGAUAACUUUUCGCCGACAGUCGACUACAUUUGCUGUAACGUGACUAUUUUGGAAAAAGAAAGAAGAAAUGUUACAAUGUACUGUAAUGCCACAGGAAGACCAGCGGCUCAGCUGUCCUGGAUAAGAGUUGUAGAUGGUAAAACAUUGGUCACUGGGAAUACUUUAGUAAUCACAGCUGCUGGUCGGUCGCAUCGUGGUGAAUACAGAUGCGUCAGUGAUAAUGGAGUGCGGAAUCCUGUGUCCAAGUCGGCAUACGUGAACGUGCUUUAUAAUCCAAUAACCACAAGAUUAACAACCGAUAAAUUAAAUGCAGUGGUGCUAGGAAAUGGUCGCAUUGCAAUGACUUGCAUAACUGAUGCCAACCCACCGCCAAGUCAAUACAAGUUUUAUCGUAAUGGUGUCUACUUAAGGACAAGUCUUACAAGAGUGCAUGUUAUUCACAAGGCCAGAUAUUUUGACGCAGGAACCUAUAUGUGUGUACCAAUCAACAGGCUUGGCUUUGGUUCAAACGGCUCUGUCCAGGUUUCGGUGAUUGGUGCUUUUUCUAUCAUGCACUUCCCACGGAACAUGACUGUCAACGAAAGUGCACGUGUGUCAUUUUUUUGUAAUGCUACUUCUUAUGCCCCAUAUGGGAAAUUUGCUCCUCAAAUCUCUUGGAGUAAGCUAAGAGACAAAAGCAAAGUAUUCCCAGCAGGUGAACAGCUCGUUAUGAGGAAUGUUAGUAGAUACGAUGGAGGUACAUACAUCUGCACAGCUAGGAACGGAGUUGGGCUUCCUGAUACUAAAACGGCGGUGCUAAGUGUGUUACAUAAACCAUAUGACACUAAGCUUGGGGCAUCAGUUCCAGACAAUAUUGCAGUAUUAAACUCAUCAGUGGUAUUAACUUGUAGAGCAAAGGCCAAUCCACCGGUUACAUCCUAUAACAUUUAUCACAAUGGCAUCUUAGUGUCCAAUACAUCCAGUGGUAUUCACAACAUCACGCACGCUCUGGCUGAAGAUAAUGGAUCAUACGUCUGUAUACCGCACAACGAGUUUGGUGAAGGCGAAAAGGCAGCUUUGAACGUGUCUUUUGUGGGACCUUGUGGCGUUAAACGCGUGCAUCAUACCUGGUCGCCGCAGAUUGUGGCAGGAGCUAAAGCUAAACCAGGGGAGUGGCCAUGGCAGGUCCAGCUCGGAUACUUUGACAAAACCGAUAGCAUCCCUCAUCUUUGUGGUGGCUCCAUCUUGGAUCACUACUGGAUUGUCACGGCUGCACACUGUGUAAAAAGUGAAUUUGGUAAAAAAACCCCCGCCAACUUCAAUGUCACUGCUGGUGAACUCCACAGAGGGGUCAGUGAAGGAAGAGAGCAAACUGUUCCUAUAGAAAAGAUAAUUGUGCACGAGAAUUUCGACCAAAAAACUUUACAAAAUGAUAUCGCUUUGAUGAAGCUCCGGACACCAAUCUUCUUUGAUGCGCAUGUGUCGCCAAUAUGCCUUCCAAACUUUGAUUUUGACGACGGUACCAAGUGUUACGUCACCGGCUGGGGUCGUACUGGACCUCUUAGUUCGACGCCAAACAUUCUUCAAGAGACUUUAAUUCCUCUUGUAGCUCACAGAGUUUGUCAACUGUAUUACAAACAGAAAAGAGUUAAUAAUGUAACGUCAGAUAUGCGCUGUGCUGGAACCCUGGGUCAGAGUCGAGGUACAUGUAAAGGUGACAGUGGUGGACCGCUGGCCUGUGAGAGAGACGGCCGUUGGUAUUUGAUGGGAGUUACAAGUUGGGCAAAUGAGGGCUGUAUGCACAGCGGUGACCCGGGAGUCUUUUCAGAUGUCUUGUACUUUAGGAGCUGGAUUGAAGAAGUCAUGAAGAACAAUACAAAGGCAACAUAGGAGAGCGGCUUGAUUAAAAACGUUGGAUUCAAUUUUCAGAAAAAACACGAGCAGUUGAACGGAGAGAUAAAUGAGUGGUAUGGUUUAAGAAAAUUGUCACAGAAUUUCAAUUAUUUUUGGAACUCUUUCCACUAGUUUGAACAAAGCUGUGCGAGCAUUACACGUGUCAGAAGGCUAACUCUUUUGGGGUAAAAAAUCGAAUAACGAAGUUGUUGUGAUGAUCCUCGAAACAUUUUAAUCUACAGUUGAACUUGAACCAAGUUUUAGCACCAGCUUAUAUCUAGGAUGCAUGAAUUUUUACAUAGAUAUAUUUAAGCACCGUGUGUUUGUAAAUUUACUUUUAUGAAUUUCUCCGGAAAGAAAUAAUCAACAUUAAGAAACAAAUUAUUAAUGAUAAAAAAAAAUUUAUCUUGACGUAAACAAUUUUGUAAAGAAAUCCAAUAACACUGUUUCAACAACGAAGUGUGGGAUUAAUUAUUGAUUAUAAGUCACUGUUUGGAAAGGUCACUUUUUUUAUGGAUCCUCUCGGCCGUAGAGCUCAGAGAUUGAAUAAGCCCUUAUCCAAACAGCCAUAUGUUGGGUUAGGUUGAGUGUUAAG